AUGGCCGUCCGCGCAGCAUUCGAAAACUCCAACGAGGUCGGCGUCUUCUCCACCCUCACCAACUCCUACGCGCUCGUGGCCGUCGGUGCCAGUGAGAACUUCUACAGCAUCUUCGAAGCCGAGCUCCAAGAUGUGAUCCCCAUCUGCCAUUGUACAAUCGCCGGAACUCGCAUCAUUGGUCGCCUCACAGCAGGCAACAAAAAGGGCCUCUUGGUCCCCACAUCCACCACCGACCAAGAACUCCAACAUCUCCGAAAUUCCAUUCCAGACAGCGUCAAAAUCCAGAGAAUAGAGGAGAGAUUAUCAGCUCUCGGGAACGUCAUCUGCGCAAACGAUCACGUUGCCCUCGUACAUCCUGAUCUCGAGCGGGAAUCCGAGGAGAUCAUUGCCGAUGUACUCGGCGUGGAGGUCUUCAGACAGACAAUCGCAGACAAUGUUCUGACGGGAUCAUACAUGAGCCUGAGCAAUCAGGGCGGAAUUGUGCACCCAAAGACGAGCAUCCAGGACCAGGAUGAGUUGUCGAGUUUGCUGCAGGUACCGCUCGUUGCUGGAAGUGUGAACCGCGGUUCGCCGGUUGUUGGCGCGGGCAUGGUGGUCAAUGACUGGAUGGCUGUUACUGGACUUGAUACCACGGCUACUGAGCUGAGUGUCAUCGAGUCAGUAUUCAAGCUCGGCGAGGGCAUGGCUCCAGGUGCCAUUCAUGCCAACAAGGAGUCCAUGGUCGAAUCGUUCUACUGA